UUGAUCAUCAUGUCUUCUUGGCUCUUAAUAUUUCCUGCAAUAAUUUCUGUUGCUGGUACCGUGUCACGGGCUACCACGGUCCCUUUUGAGCUGCAUGCAAGCUCACCGUGUCAGUUUACUAGGUUUCCAGGAUUGUGUGCUGAGAGCUUAUCAGGGUUACCAUCACAAAACCAAUACGUCGACUUUGUAUCUGCACUUAUCAACAAAACAAUCUCCGCAAGCAACCUUCCUGUUUCCAAUUUUGAAUCUCUGAGCUAUCAUUUCAUUUCUGAAGAAGCUCAAAAUACCCGAAAGGCCAUAGGAGAUUGUCGUGAGCUCAUGAACAUGGCAGUCAAACGGCUCAAUCAGGCCUUGGUAGCAAUAAAACAAUCUCCCACAAAAAACAAGGAGGACAUCCAAACAUGGCUGAGUGCCGCAUUGACCUAUCAAGAAACCUGCAAAGACAUAGCUAAUGUUCAUGCAACAUCCAAUUCCUUCAUGCAAGAAAUUUCCAAAAAAAUGGACUAUCUAUCACAAAUGGGAAGUAAUCCAUUAACUCUUGUUAACCGAAUCACGGCUGAAAACUCUAAAAACACAGGUCCUCAUACUUCUAUCAAGGGCCGUGGCCUUGUUGAGCAACAAAACUUUCCCACCUGGAUUUCAGCUCGUGACAGGAAACUAUUACAGGCUACCACAAUACAAGCAAAUGCUGUGGUGGCAAAGGAUGGCUCUGGCAACUACAAAACCAUCUCGGAAGCCAUCGGGGCUGCCGGGGGAGGAAGAUUUGUGAUAUAUGUAAAAGCUGGAGUUUACAAUGAGAAAAUUCAUUGUAACAAGGAUGGUAUCACCCUGGUUGGCGAUGGCAAAUAUUCCACCGUCAUUACUGGAUCAAGCAGUGUUGCUGGGGGCUCAUCUCUUCAAGACUCCGCCACAGUUACAAUUAAUGGCGAUGGCUUCAUAGCUAAGGAUAUUGGGUUCCAGAACACAGCAGGUCCUAAUGGGGAUCAAGCCGUGGCGGUACUAAUUGCUUCAGACCGUGCUGUUUUAUACAGAUGUACUCUUGCAGGUUAUCAGGACACUUUAUAUGCACUAUCCCUCCGUCAAUUCUACAGGGAAUGUGACAUUUACGGCACGGUUGAUUUCAUAUUUGGAAAUGCUGCUGCUGUUUUUCAGAACUGUAAUUUAGUACUGCGUCGACCACGCAGUAGAGUAGCCUAUAAUGUUAUCCUGGCUAAUGGAAGGAGUGACCCUGGACAAAAUACCGGCUUCUCCCUGCAAAAUUGCGGAAUUAUUCCGGGAUCAGAUUUUUCCCCAGUUAAAAAUUCCUUCAAUUCAUAUCUGGGACGGCCAUGGAAAGUCUACUCCAGGGCAGUGGUGAUGCAAUCUACAAUUGAUGGUGCAAUUACAUCCAGAGGUUGGAUUGAGUGGCCAGGGGCUCCCAGUUCCUCUCUCAGGACACUAUACUUUGCCGAGUAUGGUAACAUGGGGCCUGGAGCUGGAACUUCCGGGAGAGUAAGAUGGCCAGGCUACCAUGUAAUUGCAAUAGAUGAAGCUGAAAAAUAUACUGUUGGCAAUUUUAUUGCUGGAACCUCAUGGAUUCCUUCUACUGGCGUUGCUUUCGUUUCUGGGCUCUCAUAAACAGUUAAGUUUGAGCAAAUUGGCUGUGUUCUUUGCAUAUCCUUUGCAGAGUCAAGGUUGCAGCAAUCACUCCUAUGGGCUAUGGCCAUCCACUAAGUGGAUCAAAGAUUGCAAUUACUACACUAAACUGUAGUCCUUAGGAACCAUGAAGUCCAAGGCUUAUAAUUGACUUAUAAUAAGCCAUUAGAAGUAGCAAAAAGAUGUGACAACGAAUUUCUUCUGCAUUCCCGUUGUAGCUUUCUUCUUGUCUAAUACUACAAGUGUUUAUGAA